AUGCCUGUCUACACGGUAUCAAAUGUUCAGAAUUUAAGAAUAUGUGUUGUCAUGGUGGGAUUACCAGCCAGAGGUAAAUCAUUCAUCUCACAGAAGAUUGUGCGAUAUCUUUCCUGGCUUUCCAUAAAGUCCAAGUGUUUUAACGUGGGAAACUAUAGGCGUCAAGGUGCUCCCAGGCCAAGCGCGGAAUUUUUCGAUGCUUCAAACGAGGAGGCAUAUAAAAUAAGGGAACAUGCAGUGACACAGGCCGUUAUCGACAUGAUGAAUUGGUUUGCAGAUGAGCAAGGCGUUGUGGCCAUCCUUGACGCGACUAAUUCAACGAGACAAAGGCGGAAUUGGGUGUUGAAGCUUUGCAGGGAGAACUCUAUCGAGCCGAUGUUCUUAGAAAGUUGGUGUGACGACAAUGACCUUAUCUUGAGAAACAUCGCAGACGUGAAGACUUCUUCACCAGAUUACAAGGGUGUGGACCCUGACGUUGCGACGGCCGAUUUCCUGGAGAGAAUCGCGAACUACGAGCAGGUAUACCAAGCGCUGGAUGAAGCACAAGACAGGGAUCUAACAUUUGUGCGAUUGAUCAAUAUCGCUCAGCAGGUUAUCAUCAACAAGGUGGAAACCUACCUGGAAAGUCGGAUCGUGUUUUACGUGAUGAAUCUGCACAUAAAACCGCGCUACAUCUGGCUGUCAAGGCACGGUGAGUCGAUUUACAAUUUAGAGAAAAAAAUUGGAGGUGAUUCAUCGCUUUCGCCCCGAGGACUUCAAUAUGCCAAAAAACUACCCGAACUAGUGCGUGAAUCUGCAGGUAACCGUGAUCUCACUGUGUGGACAUCCACGCUGAUCAGAACGCAAGAGACUGCUCAAGAUUUACCCUACAAGCAAUUACAAUGGAAAGCUCUAGAUGAGCUUGAUGCCGGUGUAUGCGACGGCAUGACAUAUGAAGAGAUUGAAGAAACGUUCCCCGAGGAUUUCAAGGCACGGGACGAAGACAAGUAUGAGUACAGAUAUCGCGGUGGUGAAUCUUACCGUGACGUGGUAAUAAGGCUCGAGCCCAUCAUCAUGGAGCUCGAGCGACAAGAAAAUAUCCUUAUCAUUACACAUCAGGCUGUUUUGAGGUGUAUCUAUGCGUACUUCAUGAAUGUGCCCCAGGAAGAAUCGCCGUGGAUGUCAAUUCCACUUCACACCUUAAUCCGGCUCGAGCCUCGCGCCUAUGCGACUCAUGUAACAAAAAUCAAAGCAGACAUUCCCGCUGUGAGUACGUACAAGGGAAAGGGGACUAGUCAAGUCGGGGAAAGCGACUCAAAUCAAAGAAAAUCGGCUCAUGCGCUAAUAGAUUCAGACAGUAAAAAAUAA